GGGCUCUUCUUGACAACUGCGCACUUCAGAAGUCCAAAGGUCCUGUCUUGGCGCUCAGCACUCAACAUGGCCAAGCACAUUUCGAAGAUCCUGUCAUUCCUUGUUCUCUUCUGUGUAGUGAAGGGCGACUCUGGUCAUGCCGAAGGAAAAGAUUACCUUAAAAGCCAUGGCAUCAACACAAGCUAUGCGGACAUUGUUUUUCUCCUCGAUCGUUCUGGCAGUGUGGGUGCGGCUGGUUUCGAAACUGAACUGGGCUUCGUUGAAGGCUUCCUCAGCAACUUUGUGGUUGCCCCCAACGCCACCAGGGUUGCCGUCAUCUCCUUCAGCGACGACGCCAAGGUGCAUACCGACCAUCUAAAAGGUGACGCCAACAAAUGCCUCCUUGCACAAGAUCUACAGAGUAUCACCUAUACAGACAGUCGGGCUACAAACACGGGAGCGGGACUUCUCAAAGCAUUGGAUGUCUUCAAGAAAGCUAGAGCUGACACCAAAAAGAUCCUUGUCCUAGUUACAGAUGGGCUGGCCACUCUAGGUCCAGAUCCCGUUGAGGCAGCGGCACGCCUGAAAAAGGAAGGCGUCCAGGUCCAUGUGUUCGGAGUUGGAAGGUACCUAAAGUCCCAUCUAAAAGCCAUAGCUUCGAGCCAUAAACACGUUCACGAGAGCGAGAGUUUUACGAAACUCAGGAACAUGUACGGCAAUGGAAUGAAGGAUCAGUGGAACACUAACGAUACGCCGGAGGCGUGCAAUACGAAGUGCCAUUCCAAACCCGGUGACCCCGGUUGUUGUGAUGCUAACGCCAUCUGCGGGUGCUCUCUCACGAAAGGAGUUAACGAUUGUCUUUGUAAGCCAGGAUAUAUUGGAAACGGCCUCAAGGGAGAAUGCAAGCCUUGUGAGUCGGGUUUCUACCAAGAUCAAUACGGACAACUAGCCUGUAAGCCUUGUCCAGUGGGUAGCAAGACAUAUGACAUCGGCAGCAGCUCCGUGGAUGAAUGUAAAUGUCUGCCUGGAUAUAACCGGAGUGCGGGCAGUGGUGUUUCAUGUACUGUGGUGACCUGUCCCCCGCUACAAGCACCGGUAAACGGGAAAGUAGAGGGGGAAGACUGUGGUACAGAGUACCAGUCCGAAUGCCAGUUCCAAUGUAACGAAGGGUACAUGCUUGAAGACAAAGAUAGUGAAUACCGUUGGUGCCAGCACGAUGGCACGUGGUCGGGGAAAACACCUGUUUGCAUUCCGCUGCGCUGUGACGACAAACCUAUUUUGGCCGACGGCUUCCUGCAAUGUCCAGAUCAAGUGACGGUCAAUACGACCUGUACAUAUAAAUGUCAUCGAGGACACACGUUGAAAGGCCCCAGCAACACUACCUGCGUCGGAAGAGAUGUAUGGUCCGGAAAACCGCCGAGGUGUGAACUCGUAGGGUGUGGGGACCCACCCAGGGUGCAACAUAGUCGCCAGCUUCGAGCUCAAUUCAAAAAAGACUAUAAGUUCGGGGAGUUCUAUGCUGUCGAAUGCGGUGCUGGCUUCAAGCGUGUUGGCACGCCCGUGUAUGUCUGUGAUCACAGUGGAAGCUGGAAGCUGCCAGGAGAUCCACAACCACCGCAAUGCAUCGAUGUAACACCACCGACGAUAAUCUGCCCUAAAGAUAUUACGCUCAGCGCCGAACAACAUCGCAAAACGGCUAAGCUCUCAUGGCAGGGACCGCAGAUAAGGGACAACAGUAAGGCACAUAUUAUCCCAACGCAAGAACCGGCGUACCCAACCUCGCCUGCAACGCUGGAGAUAGGCACACACCUAUUUGUCUAUCGUGCAGUGGACCCUGCUAACUUGACGAGCACAUGCACUAUGCAGAUUGAAAUCUUAGAUAGUCAGAGUCCCCAAGUGACGUACUGUCCGUCAGCCAUUCAGGUUAACACCACAGACCUUCAGGUAUCGGUUCGGUGGAAAGAACCAGAGUUCAUUGACAACUCUGGCGGCAACAUUAACGUGACACAGAGUCAUCGUUCCGGACAGGUCUUCAAUUAUGGAACUCACCAAAUAACUUACCGGGCAACGGACCCGAGUAACAAUGUCGCGUACUGCAGGUUCAACGUCCAUGUCUGGGGGAGUCGGUGCCCAUACUAUCCUCCUCCACGGAAUGGAGCCCUCGUAUGUGAAGAGUUCAUGUACGGAGAUCUCUGCCAGGUAUUAUGCAACGACCGGUAUUACUUCGUGUCCGACCCAGCAGACGAGUACAUCUGCGACAACACCCUUAAAUGGAGUACCGAACCCGAGGGAAUGCCUGUGCCGUGGCCCGACUGUUCAGUUACAAGUCCGCCACACCUGAGAAAACGCUUUGAGGCCCAUUAUUUCACGGGUGACUGCAGAGAUCCGCAAGUGCAAGACACCAUUCGCAACAUAUUCAAGAACAAUUUCGAAAAUUUCAAAUCGAAAGCACAGUUGUGCGGCAAAGAAAUAGACUGCAAACUGACCUCAAUAGCUGUGUACUGUGGUGCUACCGACGGUAUCAACAGAAACGGGCGAGGUCGUAGGUCGGUGUCCUCCUCUGGGGAAAGAUAUUCCGUCGCUGAGGUGGAUGCGGAACUACAUUUCACACGACUGAUGAAUGAUACCACUGACAUCGAAGAAUUCUCAGAGAGCGUCGACACCACAUUUACUGAUCUUGGGGAGGUGCCCGAGUAUAUACUGGAUGAUGUAAUCGCUGAAACUAAUGUGUCCGUCGAGAUGAAGUUGCUUGAUUCUUCAAUUAAGGACACAUUUUUGGUGUGUGGAAUAGGCAAGGUACUCAACGGACAGCAGUGCGUCAUGUGCCCUGUUGGAACAUACCACGACAAAACACAGGACCUUUGUGCCCCAUGUGCCAGAGGGAAGUAUCAAGACGAAGAAGGAAGCACUUUGUGCAAGCCUUGCCCAGCGAACACAAUGACAGAAACUCUGAAGAGCUCAAGUUUGGAUGAUUGUAGGGCUGUGUGCACCGAAGGUACAUACUCAUUCACUGGCAUGGAAACCUGCAUUGCUUGCCCACGAGGAACGUACCAGGAUGAGGACCAUCAGACUUUUUGUAAGGCCUGUCCCAUGGGCACAACAACAGAAAUGAUUGGCAGCACGAGUAUACAGGACUGCAAACUUCUGUGCUCACCCGGGUCAAUGUCUGAAAGUGGACUGGAGCCGUGCCGGCCGUGCGACAAAGGAUUUUACCAGGCGUACAAUGGACAGCGAUCAUGUGACGAGUGCAUAUUUCCAUUGACGACAUUGGAAAAGGGAUCCAAUUCGUCUAUCCAAUGUGAAGAACACGACCACUGCCUCUCGGAACCAUGCAAGAAUAAUGGCACCUGCGAGAGUUCUCGUCAUGAUUUUACCUGCUCGUGUCCACCCGAAUUUUAUGGCAAGGUCUGUGAUCUGGAAAAGACAGCGUGCUCUAACGAUAUCUGUCUUAAUGGCGGUAGCUGCAAGGUUACAGGUGAACGAUUCCAAUGCGUUUGUACACCUGAUUACGAAGGAGAGCGAUGUGAGAUGCCUAGGGAUUUGUGUCUGGACACCGUAUGCCUCCACGGUGGAGAAUGCGUGAUCGAGGAUGAAAGGGCAAGCUGUCAGUGUGUCCCUGGCUACGUUGGCGACGUGUGCCAACACAGGAUGGACGUCAUGUAGCAGAGCGUCGUACUUCAAGACGAUGACCGUGAUGUAUCGGAGCUCGUGAUGUACCAGAGCUCGUGAGCGAUGAGUCCCUGGCAAAUCGAUGGCCGCUGUCGUAAUCUCAGUGCAUUUCUGCAUGGGGGGGGGGGGGGGGGGGAUAUGUUUAACAGAGUGAAAGAAAAAGGAAAUGUCAGCCAGGCUAUUGCCAGCUUGCUAUUCCAAAAAAGAAACUGAAAAAUAAACGAAAAAGAAACUGAAAAUAAACAAAACUGGUGGUUCUCACGGUU